UUCACUGCAGGCACGAGUCUCACUUGCAGCUCUCACAGAGAAACAACACUGUCAAUAUAAACUCCUGGCAAACUCCUGGCUCCUCGCUGCUGCUGGAACCUCACAAACCAGUGAGGACACUUGUUUUUUUGUACUCUGAAGAUAUGAGGUGCACAACAGGAAAUGUUUUAGUGCCUGCUCUUGGUUCAGGAGCUUCCUCUUUCUCUGGACUCCACAUGCAGGACAUCCAAGUUUACCUCCUUCAAUGAACAAAGGAGAUUCCUGUCCAAACCAGCUGCACGGCAUAAUCCUCCAAGAUGGCAGUCACUUCAUUCUAUGUUACUGAGGAGCCGCGAGCUGGCUUCACUGACAUGGACACAUGCUCUCUUGAGAUUAAUAUGAAACAUGAAGUCAUCCCAUCCAUUGUCAGCUCUUUUUGCCUUUCAUUUGGCCUCAUCUACUGCUUUUUCGGAUACAGAUGCUUCAAGAUGGUGAUGUUCUUCUCCGGUUUCAUGUUUGGUUCAGCAUCCGUCCUCCUUGUGUACCACAAAGAGCCAGCGUUAAAUGCCCAGUUUGGGGCAGAGACGAAGGCAGGCAUCGGCCUGGGCGUGGGGGUGCUGUGUGGACUGACCACCAUGCUGGUGUCCACACUGGGACUCCUGCUCAGCGGCAUGCAGUUGGGGAGCCUGCUCUCCCUGUCCCUCCUGGUGGUCCUGGGGCAGUUUUACAGCCUGACUCCGGUGUGGGUGCCUCUCAGUGUCGUCCUGACCGCCAGCGCAGCCACUGCCGUGUUCACACUUCAGUGGCAGAAACUGUUCAGCAUCAUCUACACGUCAGUGUUCGGGGCAACCAUCGUGAUGCUGUGUCUGGACUACCUGGUCGGGACGUUCGUGCUGCCGGAUCAGGUGUAUGAUCUGUUUUGCCAAGUGGCACCACAACCACUCUGCUGGUUUAACUGGGCCAUCAGUGGGAUCUGUCCUGUUCUGAGUUUCAUUGGUGUGGUGGUGCAAUGCUGGUUGACUGGAAAAGGAGUGUCGCACACAGAAGCCGCAUAUAAAAAGCAGAAGAAAAAUGGCAAGAAGCAGAAAUGUGUUUCAAGGAGAAGACCUCAAGCGUACCGCCGACGCAGACCCCCCCUCCUGAAGCGCUACGCGGGGGACGUGCUGGCACCGAGUUAUAUCCAAAGCCUUCAAGAGCGCCAGAUGGGAACCGGCUCCUCCAGCAGCAGCGUCAGCACCAUCACACAUACUCUAAUUGACUUUGACUUUGAGACGGGCUCCAUGGUGCCUCUCACUGCUGCCUCCCCCGUCUUUACAGUGUGAAGACGCACAGCAUCAAACAGUAAACUGUACAUAUCUGAGGAAUAUUGUUUCAUUCUAAUGAUUAAAUAUUUAUUUUGAUUUAUCUACUUUUUUGAAAAUGAUUGAAGUUUUUUUUAAUGAUGUUUGCUGGCUUUGUCAGAUAAACACCAACACGUGUGCAAUUAGAUUUAAGAUGCCUGCAUCAUCUCCGUAAUUAUUAAAAUAAAUAAUUCAACAUUCACAGUCAUCAGGCUCUUUAUCAAAACAUCUCUUGAGACGUUUAUGUUGCAAACAAUUUUUCAUUCAUAAACCAACUGUUUUGUUUCUUAAACCUGUUUUAAUCACUGAGCUGUUUCCCCUCUUGAUGGAAACUGUCCGUGACACUGAAUUUAUAGGUUUCACACAUCAAACACAAAUUCAUCCAAACAUACGCAAUGCCAUUGAUAAUAUACAUAGCAAAUGUGUAAUUCUGGACAAUAAACCGAUUAACUGUA